CGUCAAAGCAAGAAAGAACCAAGACAAGAUAUCGUUCAAGAAAAGUGAUGGAGCAACGAGAGGCAAGAGAUCUUUUGAGAAUAAGGUCUGUGUGCUUAACCUGGUUGGAGAUUUCACAUUGUAUAUGGGAGUGUGCAAAGGCAGUUUCGCUUCCUGUGUAGCUUUAAUGUUUGCCUCUGUCAACUUCAUGGACAAUAUUUACACCACAUCAAAGUUUGUAGAUAGUCACCGGACGUACUUGGGUAUUGGCUUUCGCGUUGGAGAGAUUAGCUUAUACAGAGCUUACAGUGAACAGCCAUCGGAUUUUAAUUACACUAAUCUCACACACUUCAAUUACAAUACAAAGUGGACAGCAUCAGACCGACUAGCGUCAUUUGGGAUGUACCUCAGUAUCCUAACCUACAAGAAAAGAUUUUGUGCCCACCACCUAUUCACAAACUACCCACAUCCAGGCCAGAUUCUAGGGAUAGCCUACACUCGCACUCUGUGUUACCCUGGCAUUGACAAGCCUGGUUUUCCGAAGAUAAACGUUGCUAUAUCAUCAGCCACUGACAACAAGGCGGGACCGAUUACAACUCUACAGAUGAACCUGGUGUUCGCCCAUG